UACAAAAGCUGAGGAGGAGCUUGACCCGGAAAUAGACAGGAUUGUGGCGGUUUAGCACCGGAACUGGCGCCAUCACAAGCUACGUUCAGGCGGCGUGUUAGCAGAUCUGCUACCUGCUUCAUUUUUCAGUUCUAUAACAGAGGAUAAAACAAGAUGAGUCUUUUGAACAAGCCGAAGUCAGAGAUGACCCCUGAGGAGCUGCAGAAGCGUGAGGAGGAAGAGUUCAACACCGGGCCAUUGUCUGUCCUCACACAGUCCGUCAAAAACAACACUCAGGUGCUCAUCAACUGCCGCAACAACAAGAAGUUGCUGGGUCGUGUCAAAGCCUUCGACAGACACUGUAACAUGGUCCUGGAGAAUGUGAAGGAGAUGUGGACUGAGGUGCCCAAGAGCGGGAAGGGAAAGAAGAAAUCCAAACCAGUGAAUAAAGAUCGUUAUAUCUCCAAGAUGUUUCUGAGAGGAGACUCUGUCAUUGUGGUGCUGAGGAAUCCACUGAUCACCGGCAAAUAACAUUGUCAUGCACAUUUUCACACAUUCUCUCUCUCUCUCACACACGCGCACACACACACACACAGAGGUGGCUUGCUCUCAGUGAGAGACAUGGGGUGUAACUGAUUGUCACACUGACUGGUUUGUGGUCUUAAUAAAUGUUUUGUAUUUACAGUCA